CGCGCAUCUGACGCCUAUCGCACUUCCUCUAUAUAAACAGAGUAUACGCUCUCAUCAGCUCUCAUCUCUGAAUCUGAUUCCACCAUAUAGUUCUGACAAACAUAAAGAGUUUGGUGUUGUCUUCUUAAAAGAAGAACUCAAAAAAGAAGAGUGUGGAGAGAGCGAUUGAUCAAUGGCGGGUCGUAACAUAGAGAAGAUGGCAUCCAUUGAUGCGCAGCUUCGUCAACUGGUUCCUGCUAAAGUGAGCGAAGACGAUAAGCUCAUCGAGUACGACGCUCUUCUCCUCGAUCGUUUCCUCGACAUUCUCCAGGACUUGCACGGAGAGGAUCUCCGUGAAACGGUUCAAGAGUUGUACGAGCUUUCUGCUGAGUACGAAGGCAAACGUGAGGCUAAGAAGCUUGAGGAGCUAGGGAGUGUGUUAACGAGUUUGGAUCCUGGUGACUCCAUUGUUAUCGCCAAGGCCUUCUCCCACAUGCUUAACUUAGCCAAUUUGGCUGAGGAGGUCCAGAUUGCUUACCGGCGCAGGAUCAAGAAGCUGAAGAAGGGUGAUUUCGCUGAUGAGAGCUCUGCCACUACUGAGUCUGAUAUCGAAGAGACUUUCAAGAGGCUUGUUAGUGUUAUUGGUAAGUCUCCUGAAGAGAUCUUUGAUGCUUUGAAGAACCAGACUGUGGAUUUGGUGUUGACUGCUCAUCCUACUCAGUCUGUGCGUAGAUCUUUGCUUCAGAAGCAUGGGAGGAUAAGAGACUGUCUUGCCCAGCUGUAUGCGAAGGACAUUACUCCUGAUGACAAGCAGGAGCUAGAUGAAGCUCUCCAAAGAGAGAUUCAAGCUGCAUUUCGCACGGAUGAGAUUAGGAGAACACCUCCAACCCCUCAAGAUGAAAUGAGAGCUGGAAUGAGCUAUUUCCAUGAGACAAUCUGGAACGGUGUCCCUAAGUUCCUUCGCCGUGUGGACACAGCUCUGAAGAACAUUGGGAUUGAUGAACGUGUUCCUUACAAUGCCCCACUGAUUCAGUUCUCUUCAUGGAUGGGCGGUGAUCGUGAUGGUAAUCCGAGGGUCACACCUGAGGUCACUAGAGAUGUGUGCUUGCUGGCUAGAAUGAUGGCAGCCAAUUUCUACUAUAACCAAAUUGAGAAUCUCAUGUUUGAGUUGUCUAUGUGGCGUUGCACUGAUGAGUUCCGUAUCAAGGCUGAUGAAAUCCACAGGAAUUCAAGGAAAGACGCUGCAAAACAUUACAUAGAGUUCUGGAAAACCAUUCCUCCAACUGAACCAUACCGUGUGAUUCUUGGUGAUGUGAGGGAUAAGCUGUAUCACACACGUGAACGCUCUCGUCAGUUGCUGAGUAACGGAAUCUCUGACAUCCCUGCAGAAGCUACUUUCACCAAUGUGGAAGAGUUCUUGGAGCCUCUUGAGCUUUGUUACCGAUCACUAUGUGCAUGUGGUGACCGCCCAAUAGCUGAUGGAAGCCUUCUUGAUUUCUUGAGGCAAGUCUCUACCUUUGGACUCUCCCUUGUGAAGCUUGACAUUAGGCAAGAAUCUGAACGCCACACCGAUGUCUUGGAUGCUAUCACCAAGCACUUAGACGGUUCCUCUUAUAGAGACUGGUCUGAAGAACGUCGGCAAGAAUGGCUUCUAGCUGAACUAAGCGGCAAGCGACCACUUUUUGGACCUGAUCUUCCCAAAACCGAAGAAAUUGCUGAUGUCCUGGACACGUUCAAAGUCAUAUCCGAACUGCCUUCAGAUUGCUUUGGAGCUUACAUUAUCUCUAUGGCAACUUCACCAAGUGAUGUGCUAGCCGUUGAGCUUUUGCAACGCGAGUGCCACGUGAAGAAGCCACUUAGAGUUGUUCCACUCUUUGAGAAGCUAGCUGAUCUAGAAGCAGCACCCGCUGCUGUUUCGAGACUUUUCUCAAUAGACUGGUACAAAAACCGUAUUAACGGUAAACAAGAGGUUAUGAUUGGCUAUUCGGAUUCAGGGAAAGACGCUGGGCGUCUCUCAGCUGCUUGGGAGCUAUACAAAGCUCAAGAAGAGCUUGUGAAGGUUGCUAAGAAAUAUGGAGUGAAGCUGACUAUGUUCCAUGGCCGUGGUGGCACAGUUGGAAGAGGAGGUGGUCCCACCCAUCUUGCUAUAUUGUCUCAGCCACCGGAUACAGUUAAUGGCUCAUUCAGAGUCACGGUUCAAGGUGAAGUCAUUGAGCAAUCAUUUGGAGAGGAACACUUGUGUUUUAGAACACUUCAGCGUUUCACAGCUGCUACUCUUGAGCAUGGAAUGAACCCUCCUGUUUCACCAAAACCAGAGUGGCGUGCUUUGCUUGACCAAAUGGCUGUUGUUGCAACUGAGGAGUAUCGAUCUGUUGUGUUCCAAGAGCCUCGAUUUGUCGAGUACUUCCGCCUUGCUACACCUGAGCUGGAGUAUGGACGUAUGAACAUUGGAAGCAGACCGUCAAAGCGAAAACCUAGCGGUGGGAUCGAGUCUCUCAGAGCAAUCCCAUGGAUCUUUGCUUGGACACAAACGAGAUUCCAUCUUCCUGUAUGGUUAGGAUUCGGAGCAGCUUUCAAGUAUGCAAUCAAGAAGGAUGUGAGGAACCUCCACAUGCUGCAAGAUAUGUACAAACACUGGCCGUUUUUCCGUGUCACCAUCGAUCUUAUUGAGAUGGUGUUCGCCAAGGGAGACCCCGGGAUCGCUGCAUUGUAUGACAAACUUCUUGUCUCAAAAGAUUUAUGGGCCUUUGGAGAGAAGCUCAGAACCAACUUUGAAGAAACCAAGACCCUCGUCCUCCAGACUGCUGGACACAAAGAUCUUCUUGAAGAAGACCCUUACUUGAAACAGAGACUUAGGCUGCGUGACUCUUACAUUACAACCCUCAACGUUUGCCAAGCCUAUACGUUGAAGAGAAUCCGUGAUCCAAACUACAACGUGACCCUGCGUCCACACAUUUCCAAAGAGAUCUUGCAAUCAAGUAAAUCGGCACAGGAGCUCGUUAAGCUUAACCCAACGAGUGAAUACGCGCCUGGGCUUGAGGACACGCUCAUCUUAACCAUGAAGGGUAUUGCCGCAGGACUGCAGAACACCGGUUAAGUGAGUUGAGUCACCGAGAGAAAGCAGACUUUUGAGUCUCUCUUUUCUUUUUUUUUCUUUUUAAGAAUAAUCUCUUUCUUUGAAAUCGAAAAUAAUAAGUUGUUACGGUUGGAUUACAGUUUACUUUUAUGCUUCCACACCGUUGAGAAAAGUUUUAAUCUUCUCAUUGUAUUAAACACAACACUGCUCUGUUUCUGAGAGUGUUCAAUCUUAAAUCUUAUCUUAUUUUUUGUC